AUGAGGUUCAAGCCUACCAAGUCGAGGUCGCUUGUGCUGAAGAGAGGAAAGGUCACUGAGAAAUAUUUGUUUUCACUAGGCACCAUCAAGAUACCAUCACUGACUGAGGCACCCGUAAAGAGCCUAGGUAAGGUAUUUAACCGCAGCCUGAAAGAUGCAGCCUCCAUACAAGCGACCAACGAAGAACUGGAGACCUGGCUCUCAUCAGUGCAUAAAUCUGGCCUUCCUGGCAAGUUUAAAGCCUGGAUUUUUCAGCAUGGAAUUCUGCCCCGGAUUCUAUGGCCCCUCUUAGUCUAUGAAGUUCCCAUCUCAACAGUGGAAGGAUUCGAGAUGAGGAUCAGCAGGUUUCUGCACAGGUGGUUGGGACUGCCACGAAGUCUGAGUAGCAUCGCUUUGUAUGGUCAUAACAACAAGCUGAAGCUCCCCUUUAGCAGCCUAAGCGAGGAGUUCAUGGUGAGCCGGUCCAGGGAGCUGCUCCAAUAUCGGGAGUCCAGUGACCCCCGGGUUGCCCUGGCUGGAAUAGAGGUUAGGACCGGGCAGAAGUGGAGGGCUGCUGAGGCUGUAGACAUUGCAGUAUCAAGGCUGCAGCAAAGGGUGAUAGUGGGCACAGUGGCUCAGGGAAGAGCGGGCUUGGGUAGCAGUAGAACACCAAACUACAAUAAGGCACAGGGGAAAGAGAAGCGGUCGGUGAUCCUUGAGGAGGUGCGAGCAGCAGUUGAGGAGAAGCGAACCAGCCAAAUCGUGCAAUUGAGGCAGCAGGGGGCUUGGACAAGAUGGGAGCAAGCUGUAGAGCGUAAGGUCACAUGGAAUGAACUGUGGAAAGCAGAACCCCAGCGGAUAAAAUUCCUGAUUCGGGCAGUAUACGAUGUGCUACCAAGUCCAUCGAAUCUCUUCGCUUGGGGGAAGGUGGAGACACCAGGCUGUCUUCUCUGUCGGAAGAGAGGAACCCUGGAGCACAUUUUAAGUUGCUGCCCAAAAGCCCUGGCCCAAGGGCGAUAUCGAUGGCGGCACGACCAAGUCCUAAAGGCCGUAGCAGAUUCGAUCUGCAGCGGGAUCAGUCAUAAUAAGAGCGCCUGCCCAGUUAAGAACAAGGUAACGAUUAUAAAAGCUGGGGAGAAGCUACCAGUACCAUUCCGAAACACCUCGCCUGGCCUGUUGGCAACGGCACAAGAUUGGGAGCUGGGAGUUGACCUGGCAAAGCAGUUAAAGUUCCCCGAAGUGGUAGCCAAGACAACGCUGAGGCCAGACAUCGUUGUUACUUCAGUUGCCUCCAAGCAGGUAAUCCUUCUAGAGUUUACUGUGCCUUGGGAAGACCGUAUGGAGGAAGCCCAUGAGAGGAAGAGGGCAAAGUAUUCCAAGUUAGUGGAGGAGUGCCGGAGUAAUGGCUGGCGGGCAAGAUGCCAACCCAUUGAAGUGGGUUGUCGAGGAUUCGCGGGUCAAUCCAUUUGCAGGGCAUACAAAAUGCUAGGCAUCGUAGGGGCUAACCAGCGAAGAGCCAUCAAGUUGGCCACCAACGCAGCAGAAGCAGCGUUGAGGUGGCUGUGGAUCAAAAGAGGAGAGGAAUGGCAUGUAGAGUAGCGCUACCUGGACACAAGCUGGGGCUUGAUCAACCCUGGCUGGGUCGCCUGGGAGAGGGGGUCUGAUUGUUGAAAGACCCGAAAUCCCCAAUGACCCCAGGUUACAUCACUGAUGAUGUGUCCAGGGGCACCAGAGGGUGUA